AUGGGAGCGGUGAGCAAAACGCAGCUGGCACUGAAUUACGCCGAAGAGACUCGUGGAUGUUAUAACCCCGCUUUUUGGAUCGAUGCUCGAACAGAGGAGACAGUUCAGAUGAGUUUUCAACGAAUAGCAGCCGCACUGGGAUUGACAUUCCUCAAUUCCCCGACCUCCGACAUAGAAAUACAGACCCUUCCUGUUGUGGCUGGCAUGUGCCGCUGGUUCUCUGAGCGGGAUGAAGGGGACCCUCGAUGGCUGGUGAUCAUUGACAAUGCGGAUGACACUUCGUGGCGAAUUGAUGAAAUUAUCCCACGAGGCACUCGGGGGCAUGUGAUUGUGACGAGUCAGCAUCGGCAGACUCCAAGUUUUCUCGGAGGAUCCUGCAAAUUCGUCGAGGCAAGAGAGAUGAGCAGGGAAGAAGCUCGGACCCUGCUGAAGCAGCAGAUACGCCUAGCCGCGGGGGUCGAGAAUGAGCAAGAGUUGGACGAAGUGGAUGGUCUUUGUAACGAGGUUGCUGAUCGGCUUGGAUGCCUGGCCCUGGCGGUAGAACUAGCCGGACUCUAUCUCAGUGACCAGCUGCAGCAACAUGACCGCAACGACACGAAUGUGAUGAGAUCUGAAGCGCUGUGCAGCGUCUUCCGACAAUAUCUGCCUGACUUCGAGCGUCAUCAGGAUGAACUUCUACGAGGGAAGCCGUUCCUGCGUCUCUCAUUUUAUCAGAUGACGGUGUGGACUGUAUGGGAUACAAGCUUGGCGGCGAUUGAGAAACAAGUCCCGCAAAGUCACGCGAACCAAAUGCUAACUUUUCUUGCUCAAUUUGACCGAGGACAGAUGGAGGAGGAGAUGUUUCGACUUGCUAGUGGUGGGUGGCGCGACAUAAUCAGCCAGGUACGGUUUUCUGACAACGGUAUGCCCGACUGGCUUCAACAAAUGAUAAACCACGAUAACGGGAGGGACGACUUUUACUACCGACAAGCAACACAACCGCUGAUGCGUUAUGGGUUGCUUCGACAGUCAGGGGGCGAGUGGAAGGCAACGACAAUGCACAGUCUGGUGCAAUGGCGUGCGAGGAAGGCUGGAGAAGACAGCAAGGCGGCCUGGAGACGAUGGACGUUGUUGUUUCUCCUGGCAGCGGUGUACCAGACUAAUCGCGAGAUGGGACGCCCUUCCUUCCGGCGACAUUUGAUCGCGCAUUUGUUAGAGAUGAACAUCGACUACAGAAAUUUAGUUCAGGAAAUGCACGCGGAUGAAAUAAGUACCGCGUUGCUGGGGGGAGAGCUUGGGGCCGUGCUCAGCGCCCAAGGCCAUAGCCAGAAGGCAGAGGAGCUGGAACGGCAAGUGGUGGAGACGACCAAGAGGGUGCUAGGAGCAGAGCAUGCCUUCACACUGAACAGCAUGCACAACUUGGGCCACACAUUAAACAGCCUAGGUAAGUAUGAAGAGGCAGAAAAGAUACAUCGAGAUGUGUUACAAGCAAGAGAGAAAGCGCCAGGAGCGAAUCAUCCCUUCAAAUUGAGCAGUAUGGACAACCUGGCUAUGACGCUUAAUGGUCUCGGAAAAAUUGAAGAGGCAGAGAAGAUGUUACGGGAGGUAUUGAUGCUAAGGGAGAAGCUACAAGGAAAAGAUGACCCCGAUACGUUAUUUUGUAUUAGCAACUUAGCCGCCGUACUAAGCAGACUAGGAAAGGAGGAGGCGGCAGUCAAAAUGCUUCAAGAGGUACUACAGGCACAGCAGAGAGUCCUUGGGAAGGAACAUCCAGACACAUUGAGAAGUAUGCAUAACCUAGCCGCAGUACUCCUCGAAUUAGGGCAGAACGAAGAGGCGAUGGUGAUGUUUCAGGAAGCGUUUGCAACGAUGGAGAAGGUUCUUGGGAAGGAGCAUCUACUCACACUGAUAACUACGACAAAUCUAGCCACAGCGUUAUAUAACCUCGAGCAGUAUAACGAGGCGAAGGAGAUGUUCGAGGAGGUGUUGCCAACGAUGGAGAAGACGUUGGGGAAGGAGUAUUCAGCUACACUGAGAUGCAUCUAUGAUUUAGCUGUGGCACUAUACAAGCUCGAGCUGUACGACGAGGCAAAGAAGAAGUGGGAGGAAGUGUUGCCGGCGAUGGAGAAGGUUCUCGGGAAGGAGCAUCCAGACACACUGAAGUGCACCCAUUGGCAUGAAUACCUGUCAACGCGCCAUGUUGAGCAAAAAGGUCGCUUGACACCAUCUCGAGCCAGCAACGGAACGCGGAUGGAACACGAAAACUAG